UUCCCUCUGCCUGGCCCGAGUGGGCUCGCCUCCUUGCUUCUCGACUCUGCGCUGUCCGCCCGGGACCCAACGAGCUUCAGGAUGAUCUGGAAAAGCCUGCCAGUGCUCGCCCUGUUGGCCAUCGCCUGGGUCCACGCUGAGGAAGAAACAAAAAGCAAAUCCAAAAUCUGUGCCAAUGUGUUUUGUGGUGCAGGCCGGGAGUGUGCAGUCACUGAGAAGGGAGAGCCAACCUGUCUUUGUAUUGAGCAAUGCAAACCUCACAAGAGACCUGUGUGUGGCAGCAAUGGGAAGACUUACCUCAACCACUGUGAACUGCACCGUGAUGCCUGCCUCACCGGAUCCAAAAUUCAAGUGGACCAUGAUGGGCACUGCAAAGAGAAGAAACCAGCAAGUCCAUCUGCAAGCCCAGUGGUAUGCUACCAGUCAGACCGAGAUGAGCUCCGGAGGCGCAUCAUCCAGUGGCUGGAGGCCGAGAUCAUACCUGAUGGCUGGUUCUCUAAGGGAAGCAACUACAGUGAAAUCUUAGAUAAAUAUUUUAAGAGUUAUGAUGAUGGAGACUCCCGCUUGGACUCCAAUGAGUUUCUGAAAUUUGUGGAACAGAAUGAAACAGCCAUCAACAUCACCACCUAUGUCAACCAAGAGACCAACAAGCUGCUCAGGGGACUCUGCAUCGAUGCUCUCAUUGAGCUCUCAGAUGAGAAUGCUGAUUGGAAACUCAGUUUUCAUGAAUUCCUCAAGUGCCUCAACCCUUCUUUCAACCCUCCUGAAAAGAAAUGUGCCCUGGAAGAUGAAACCUAUGAGGAUGGAGCUGAGACCCAGGUGGAAUGUAACCGCUGUGUCUGUGCCUGUGGGAACUGGGUCUGUACUGCCAUGACCUGUGAGGGAAAGAAUCAGAAAGGGCAGCAGCCUAAUGAGGAGCUGACUGAAGAGGAGCUGACCAGAUAUGUCCAAGAACUACAGAAGCAUCAGGAGACAAUGGAAAAGAAUAAGUCGAGCACCAAAGAGAUAUAACAGAAGCUUCCAGCCCCUGAAGAAGGAACCCAGGGAUUCUGCCUCCCGGCAGGUUCGACCUGUGCCCAUUUACUUCAGUGCUGAAUACCAUAUACACAAGUGUCUGCUACAGUCUCCAAAUCACCAAUAUUUACAUUAUAUAAUGAGUUUUUUUCACUUA